AUGCAUGGGGUACUUGGAAUUUCGAAUCUGGGUGGUAUGGGUUCUUACUUAGGGAUUCCUAAGAGCUUGGGAGGGUCCAAAAUGAAGAUUUUCUCUUUUGUCCGGGAUAGACUUCAGAGUUGGACGACGGGAUGGACGACAAAACAGUUAUCCAGAGGGGGUAAAGAGUGCAGUGGCGAAUUUUUGGUUGAGUUCGGGCCAGUAUGGGGGACUACACUAGUUAGCCUGGGAGAAGCUUUGUGGGAGUACGCAGUUGGGGGAUGGGGUUUUAAGAAUGUUGAUGAUUUUAACUAUGCAUUGUUGGCAAAACAAUUGUGGCGGUUGAUCGAGGCGCCGAAAUCCCUUUUUGCUAGGGUUUUGAGGGACCGGUAUUAUCAGAAUUCGGAUCCUAUGGACCUGAUCCGAUCAUACUCUCCAUCGUAUGGGUGGCGGAGUAUAGUCUCAGCUAGAUCUUUGAUAAACAAAGGGCUUAUUAAACGGGUUGGUUCUGGAGAGUCCAUUUCUAUAUGGACUGAUCCAUGGGUACCGACUCAAUCCCCAAGACCAGCUUUGAGCAAGGGACCUCUUAAGGACCCUUCGUUAAAAAUUUCUCAUUUAAUUGAUUAUGGAACAAAUUCAUGGCGUAUGGAUAUGCUUCUAGCGCAUUUUGAUUUGGAAGACGUGGCACUGAUUAGGGUUAUACCUUUGGGUAGCACUCAGAUGGCAGACUCUCUUGGUUGGCACUUUACGAAAUUGUGGAAAUAUACUGUCAAAUCAGGGUAUGAAACGGAGCGUGCUGUCAAACAGCGAAUCAUCCAGGUUAUUCGAUAUGGCCCAGAUAUUACUCCCCUCCUGGCGGCUGUUUGGAGGGUGUCCUGUCCACCAAAACUGUAG